GCGUUAUCGCCAAUCGCUACAAACUUAUUUCUCGUAUCGGACGAGGAUGCUUCGGAGUGGUUUGGAAAGUAGCAGAUAUACAGGAAGGAAACCAACUGAAGGUCGUGAAGGCGAUGGAUAAACAUUUCGGACGGAAAGAUGACUCGCAUGUGAAUGAGGUGAAUUUCUAAAAGUCGGUCGGUGCACAUCCAAACCUUCCGACACUGUACGACAACUUUGCUAAUAUUCUUGUUAUGAGCAUGGAAGGCUGCAAUCUUCGUGACAUUGGGAAGCAGACACCAGGACGGCUGUCGUUCAACAAUUUGAUGCGAGUAGCGUACACUCUCGGAAAUACGCUGUGUUACAUUCACGAUAGAGGCUUCAUUCAUCGAGAUCUGAAAGCAGACAAUGUUGUCGUGACUUUUUCAAAUGAGGUGUGUACUCUGAAGCUGAUUGAUUUUGGAAAAGCCAUCAGAAUCAAGGAUCAAAAUGGAAAUCAACUUCCAGGACAUCAGGAUGGAAUAGAUUAUUCCCGCUGCAGCCAACACAGUGUAAACGUUAUUUUGGGAAUUGCUCCAACUCAAAAUGACGAUUGGUCUUCCCUGGUGUAUUUACUGAUGAAGAUGCGUGGAUUUUCGUGGGGUGAUACUGCGGAGGAGAUGCUGGAUCUCAAAGUACAAUUUGAGAAUGAUCCAAAGGAUAUGAUUGCUCAGGACAUGAUGUGGAUGCGCCAGAUUUAUCGGAACGCCGUUAAUGAAGAUAUGGGGAGGGAGAACAAUCGAGGAAUCGUCGACAAAUUGGUGCAGGCUCAUGAGCAUUUUGACUUCCAGUCUAUGAUUGAAUAUAUCAUUGUGGAUGGACAUGUUUUACUCGAAUAA